UGCCAAUUAUUUGGGGCUUCAGGAGAAUAACACAAAACCGGGAGACUAUAAAAGAAAAUUACGAAAAUUUUGUGUCAACUGUCAGCACUCUUUCUGCAGCAAGCAUUUUCAGAAAGCUAAAACCUAGAAAACUACAGCAAUGGAAGAAGAACACGGAAAAACACAUCUGUCGCCGGAAUAUACCGUCAUCGAAGAGUGGAGCGGAACGGCGUCUUCGGAGCUCACAAAAACCGCUACAAUCACAAUCACUCGAGAUUCUGUUCAAAAAUCAGCUACCCGAUUCAAUUAUUUUUCUCGGCGAUUUCUCGACGCUUUUGUUCCAGAGGGAUUUCCGAGCAGUGUGACUCCAGAUUAUGUCCCUUUUCAAAUAUGGGACUCAUUGCAGGGCCUUUCAACCUAUGUGCGAACAAUGCUUUCCACACAGGCUCUUCUAAGUGCCAUUGGAGUAGGUGAAAAUUCUGCUACCGUAAUUGGGGCCACAUUUCAGUGGUUUCUGAGAGAUUUAACUGGAAUGCUUGGGGGUAUCUUAUUUGCAUUUUACCAGGGUUCAAACCUGGAUAGCAAUGCCAAAAUGUGGCGUCUUGUUGCAGAUCUCAUGAAUGAUAUUGGAAUGUUAAUGGACCUUGUUUCACCUUUGUUCCCUUCGGCAUUUCUGUUCAUUGUGUGCUUAGGGAGUAUAUCACGAUCAUUCACUGGUGUUGCUAGUGGAGCCACCAGAGCUGCUUUAACGCAGCAUUUUGCUCUACAGGAUAAUGCUGCAGAUAUAUCUGCAAAGGAAGGAAGCCAAGAGACAGUUGCAACUAUGCUUGGGAUGGCUCUUGGGAUGUUCCUAGCUCACAUAACUCUGGGGCAUUCACUUGCCAUUUGGUUUUGUUUUUUGUCCCUCACCGUAUUUCAUAUAUAUGCAAAUUACAAGGCUGUUCGUUGCCUUUCACUCACUACAUUAAACUGUGAAAGAAGUUCUAUUCUUUUGUUACAUUUUAUGGAGACUGGUCAAGUUUUCACUCCAAAACAGGUCUCAUUCAUGGAGCAUGUUUUACCACUGUGGAUGAGUUCAUGGAGCACGAAUAGGGUUAAAUUUUUGUACCAGAGGGUAUGCUUAGGUAUCCGGAUUUCUUUGUUCGAUCAUCGUGAAAUUUAAUAUGACUCGAAGGACUUCCUUGCAAUAUUUUACUUGAAUACAGAAUGAAAUAGCAUAUGAAAUGAAUGCUAG